AUGCAUAUCAAAACUAUUUUGGCCGUGUUAUCUGUCCUGUGUCUGACUUUGGUCGCUGGACAACGUAGGAACUGCGAUGAAUUGACUCGGAGGUGUGAAUUAUGCGUGGAAAGGCUGAAUAAUCAAAACGAUCGUGAGUUGCCCGUCCUCAAUAGGGAAUGCAGGGAAAAGACCCGAAGGAAUUGGCGCUGGAGGAAUGUAGGACGUUGCGAGCUCACCAGGCUCAACUGCCAGGGAUUGGAUCGACGCAUGAAUUGUAAUGACAUUGCUGAACUCGCUGGCAUGGAUCGUAUUAACUGA